CUCAACCCCCCGUCUGAGGAGGCGGAAUCCAUUCCGGGUCGGAAAAGGUACCGGAAGUGCCAGCCCCGCUUGUCGGAGCGGACCGUCUUGUCGCCUCCGUCGAGGAGCUGUGGCUUAAAAGAAAAGCUUACCGACACCUCGCUUUCGGCAGGAGCAAAGUCACCCAGGCGCAGCUUUCCCCGUUACUCAACCUGCUCUAGCCCCCUUUACCUGUUGAAAUUUACCUGUUGCACAGGAGGUAACCGGCUAGAAGGAAAAAGGUUAGUGGACUCCAAAACCCCAGAGGGCCAACACAAGCACACCUGGCCUUCAGACAACAUACCUACAAAUACUCAAAGAAGCUGAGGUGUUAAUAUGGAUAGGAUUACCCUUGAAGAACUAAAUGAAAUGGAUGAUGAGAUCCAGGAUGAAGAACAAGAACAAGAUGAAACGGAACAAAACAGGCUAUUUUCUGUGUGGGAAGCAGUAGCCAACACUCAUCAAGUGAUACUUCCUCAAGACAUGGCAGGUCCAAUAGUACAGAUGACUCACCAUAACCAAGUGCGAGAGCCUGUGCCUUACACUGUUUUAUCACCGCAUGAGAAAUGCGAGGAAACAACAUAUGAGGAACGCCUAUACCCUGCUGGGAAAUGGGCAUGCAUCACCAAAGGAGAACCCAAGUAUGAGCAGAGCAUCUCAUUGGGUUUCAUGAAACUUAUAAGAUACAUCUGCAAAGAGAAUUCCCUAGGCCGGCACUUGGAGAUGACAGUACCAGUGAUUAACGAGAUCCACCUGAAUAAGGAGGGUACUGAAUUGGUCCAAGAAGUCAUCACUGCUUAUUAUCUUCCUCAGGAAUUUCAGCUUAAUCCUCCUCUCCCCAUGGAUCCAGAAAUCCAAAUCCUAGAAAGAUCACCACUUCAGGUUAUCACCAGGGAGUUUUACGGGCCAACUACUGAGGAGACAAUCCUGCGAGAGAUUCACCUUCUUUGGGAGUUACUGGGCUCGACAGAUAAUGUGCUCCGUGAAACGUACUUGGUGGCUGCAUAUCAGAACCCUAGUAUACCCAAUCGUCGCAAUGAGAUAUGGUUUAUUCGGAGAACAGACUGAAAGCAUCAUGGAUUUCUGACAAGAUUAUAAUCCAGUGAAUUCAGUUUAGAUGGCAGUUCUAGCCUGAAGGAGAUGAAUGCACUUCCCAACUUACUCUAGAACUGACCUGAUGACCCAUUCCUUUUCCUUGAGGGCAUUAAGGAGUUGUGUUCCCUCCUAUGAGUUCAGAAAUAAGAAAAACAAGAACGUGGAAAAGUAGUAUGGCUUUCUAAUGUUCCUGGAGGGAGCUGGCACUGGAAGAAUCUAUGGAUUUCUGCUUCAUUGACUUUGGAAUUUGUCUAUGCACAGCUGAGUCAAAAUGCAUCAGAAAUUGCAACUGUUCAGCAAUCCACAUCUGGUAUUUCAAACGUUCUGAAUUCUUCUGGAAAUGAAUUUGGAGUGCCAGUCUAUAGCUGGAUAGGGGCAUAGGUCAUAGUUUUACUUACUUAGAGAAUUUAAUUUCUGGGCCAGAGGCUAUAUCUUUUAGCCAUGUAUAUGAGAUACUUUUAAUCACCUCUGUUCCAGCUUGACACGGAAUAAUUUCAGACUUUCUUAACUAGGUUGAUUUUAAUAUAUCCUAGAAAGCCCUUCCCAGGAACAAUCUCCCCUGAAGGGAAGAUCUAAGAAUUGGAGAUCAGAGAAAUCCUCUUCUGUUUUUCAAGAGUGGUAUAACACCUGUCUCUCUGUGACCUAUCCACCAACUGGACUUGUAUCCAUGGAUGCUUCCAGACUGAUGACCGCUUUCAUUUUUCCCUCCUUCGUAGACAUUUUUCUAUUAAUAAAAGUAAAUGGAAGCUACAGUGAAAAAAUAUAGGACACUUAUCAAUGAAAAACGUGAUUAUAUGGACCGUAGACUUCUUUUUAUUCUCUUAAUGAACAAGGUAAUUGCAAAAUAAAGGCCAUAUCUAAAAGCAUCCCGUCAUUUUGCAAGGUACCCAUUGAGCCAUAUAUUUAUUGGAAGUUAUAAUUGGCAUUAUUACAUUGCACUACGUCAUAUUCUGGUUGGUUGAUUUCAUGGCCAAGAAAGUUGCUGUCUUCUCUGAAGGAGGAUAAUAGCACAGAGCAAUUGUGAAAUAAAAUCUAGCUCAAACCUC